UUGAAUGUAUCCAGGAAAUUUUUUUUAUUUUAAAGUUUGUUCAACUCCUUGCUCCAGUUUCUCUUCUUUGCGUCAUUCUUUCAAUCAUGGCAUGUUUUGCUGGAGGAAUUGAAAAAGCAAUUACAUAUAAUGGACAACAUGUGUGUAUGUUGGAAGACCAUUUAUUAAGUUCUCGCGUUUUGAAUAUUCCACAUCAUGAGGAUAUUGCUAAUAUUUGUGAUUAUUGCAAAAAAGGAGAUCAUAUCGCUGACGAGUUCUGUGAAGGAAACGCUACAACAGAAGUAUGUCAAACUUAUACUGGAGGUAAUCUUCGAUGUGUCAACGCCUUCCCUGGAUUUAAUUCUUUGAUUUUAACACAAAAUAUGGACUCAGUCUAUCUUCAGGCAGGACAAGCAAUCCUACGUGAACGAGUGGCUGAUAAAGCAAGAGAAGUAUAUCAAGAUGUUACAACCUCAUUCUUCCUCCUUUUAGCUAUUUAUUUUCCUGCAGUGACAGGAAUAAUGACGGGGGCUAAUAUGAGCGGAGAUUUAAAAGAUCCUCAAAGAAGUAUUCCCUCUGGCACAGUUGCAGCAACGCUAACUACCUCUUUUAUCUAUGUUGCCUUGGCAAUUCUUUUUGGUGCUUCUAUUAUAGGACCAGUUCUUCGUGAUAAAAAUGGAAAAAGUCUUGAUGGAAGUUUAGUUGUUGCGUCACUUUCUUGGCCUUCUCCUUGGGUUGUUAUUGUUGGUUCUUUUCUUUCUACAUUUGGAGCUGCUUUACAAUGCCUUUGCAGUGCCCCUCGUCUCUUACAAUCUAUUGCUAAAGAUAAUGUAAUUCCAAUGCUUUCACCUUUCGCUAGAGUUACAAAAAAUAAUGAACCUUUUCUUGGACUUUUGAUCACUACAUUUAUUGCUGAAUUGGCUAUUUUAUUAGGAGCGGUAGACGCAAUUGCUGAAGUUUUGGACUUUUUCUUUUUGAUGUGUUAUGCCUUUGUUAAUUUAAUUUGUGCUUUACACUCUUUAAUGGGUGCUCCAAAUUGGAGGCCAAGAUUCAAAUAUUAUCAUUGGUCACUUUCACUUGCUGGUGCUUUUCUUUGUUUCUUUAUAAUGUUUGCCUCGUGUUGGUAUUAUGCAUUAAUUGCUUGUGCCUUAACUGGAACAAUAUAUAAAUAUGUUGAGUGGAAAGGUGCCAAACAAGAAUGGGGUGAUGGCCUUAGAGGAUUAGCAUUAACAACAGCACAAUAUAGUUUAAUGAAAGUUGAAGAUAAAGAUCCUCAUCCAAAAAAUUGGAGACCUCAAUUACUUAUCCUUGUCGAUGGCAAAUAUUCAAAAGAAAUGAUUGAUUUGCGUUCCUUAAAUUUAUUAAAUUUGGCUGGUCAAUUAAAAGCUGGGAAAGGACUUGCAAUUACUGUCGCCUUUGUUCGUUGUCCAGCAACACGUGGAAUGCAUGCAGAAAAUCGUAAAAAAGCAGAAGAAAUCAAAGAAAGAGUUCAACAGGAUAUGACACAAGCAAGGCUUAGAGGGUUUGGGAAAGCACUGCUUUACACAGAAACACAAAUUGAGGGUGCUGUUUCUGCACUCUAUCAAAGUAUAGGAAUUGGUGGACUUAGGCCAAACACUGUGUUCCUCAAUUUUCCAAGAAUGGGAGAAAAUCAGGAUCAACAUACUGAACAAAUGAUUUUUGCUGAACAAUUAUGUUGUGGUGCUCAAAAUGAUAAUUGUAUGGUUGUUGUUAAAGGAAUAACAGACUUUCCUCGUCCCAAUGAUAGACUUAGAGGUUAUCUUGAUAUUUGGUGGAUUGUCCAAGAUGGGGGUAUUUUAAUGCUUAUUGCUUAUUUAUUGCAACAACAUAAAGUAUGGAAAGGAUGUAAAAUGCGUGUUUAUGUAAUUUCUCAAACAGAAGAACAAAAUGAAGAAAUUAAACAUGCAUUACAAAGACAUAUUUAUAUGUUGCGAAUUGAUGCUAAUGUAUUUAUUGUAAAUAUGAUUGAUCCAGAUAGCGUAGAUGAUGACGCUGUUCAAAAAACUUUAAAUAUGGAACAAAGGACAAGAACACUUUUAAAAAAAAAUUUAUCAAAUCUUUCAAAUGGAGGAAUGCUAAAUGGUGGAUUUUUAUCAGACGAUAGUGGUCGUGUAACUCCACAAACUAGAAAUAGUGCAAACAAUACUUUAGCAGUUCCAGGACAGCAACAAAUAAGACAAUCAAUUAUUGAAACGAGUUUUAUUCAAAAAACAUUUGAAGGAAUGGAUAAUCAAGAUACUCUAAAUAGUUCUGAUCAAAUUAGUUUAAAAGAUAUUGAUGAUGUUAAGGGGUCAGGCCCAAGCUUAUUGUUUGCUGGGCCAAGUCCUAUGGCCGGCGUAAUGGGAUGUAUCUACCCCACUUUAGGAUAUUUUUUAUCGUUUGGGUAUCGACUGAGAUUAACCUCUACUAUUUAACGAUUUCUCAGUUCCCUGGGAGAUAUUUUGCAAUGGGGAUAUCCUAUUGUAAUGGGGGGAUAUUCGAUAGUAAUUAUAAUUGUAGCGGGGUCUAUCUAU